UGCUGCUGAGAGAAAUCUAUUUGGCGUUACCAUUGUGGUCGCUGCAUUGCCUCGAAGCACAUAUCGCUUACUUCACCUGGAAUCAUUAUUUUAUAUCAUAUAUAUCUUGGAUUUCAACUCUUACAGGAGCAAAAACAAUGGCGGAUCCGUUACGUUCGGCGACGUCUGGCGCGAUCAUCGACGAUACGUCCCUGGCGGUGCCGACGGAUAACAAGCUGCGGACCGGGCAGCAGCGUGUGCUGGAUCAAGUUCACACUAUCAAGAGGAGCAAGUCGAAACAUGGGAAGAGCGGGACGCUGUCUCCAACAAGUCCUGUUAGUUCCCAGAACUCAGUCUUCUCCGAGUUUGGAUCUUUCAAGUUUUCCCCGGCGUCCACCACCACCAAUGGCCUCUUGAACCGCAGUAGCACCAUACAAGUAAAGUCUGGCGGUGGCUACAGCAAAUCGGUGAAGGCGCAGAAAACUCGCUCUUUGUCAACUAAAAGUAGAUAUGUCAGCACCUCCGGCCAAUUGGAGAAGCAGUUCACCCCUUCCGCCUUUCCACAGCCGCCCAAUGGGCUGAAGCUGAGCCGCAGUGACCCGGCUCUAGACCCUCCCGUCGCUGCCGUCCCCGGAUCCCAGAUGCGAGCCACAGGCCAGACGCUGCAGGGCAGCAGGCAGUUUCGGAGUCAGAGCAACAGACACAGCCUGCACUCGGUACACACCAGCAACCAGCAGAUGACCAACAGCGGCACCCGCCUGGGCCGUCUGUCCUCCUUGCACAGCGGGAGCGGCAGCCGGGUCUCCCUGACCAAGGCGGGCAAGACGGAGCAGGAGCAGAGCAUGCAAAACGAAGAGAUCAGCAUGGCCAACCUGACGCUGAAGGAGGCGGUGGAAUUCCUGUCCACCCCAGAGGAGUCCCAUCAGCAGUGCGGUGCCUCCUUCAUCCAGCACUGCACCUUCAGCGAGGAGAGCCCCAAGCAGGAGGUGCUGACCCUGGGGGGAAUCCCUCCUCUGGUGGCCCUGCUGCGGAGCCCCAACCCCGACGUGUGCCAGAGUGCGUCGGGGGCCCUCAGGAACCUGGUGUUCAAGGACCAGGACAACAAGCAGGAGGUGAAGAAGCAUGGGGGCAUCGGCAACGCCCUGGAGCUCCUGAAGGAGACCAACUCCACCGAGACCCAGAAGCAGAUCACCGGCUUGCUAUGGAACAUGUCCUCAGAGGAUGGGAUGAAGAAGGAGCUGAUCGACUCGGCCCUGCCAGUGCUCACCGACAGCGUGUUGGUCCCCUUCACCUGCUGGUCGGACACCAGCGUCAACAACAACAUACACCCUGAUGUCUUCUUCAGCGCAACGGGCUGCCUGCGGAACCUGAGCUGUGCCAAGGAGAAGCAGAGAAAGACGAUGAGAGAAUGUGAUGGCCUCAUCGACGCCCUGUUGAGCUACAUCCAGUCCUGUGUGGCGGAGGACAACCCUGAUGACAAGUCAGUGGAGAACUGCGCGUGUAUUCUCCACAACCUGACCUACCAGCUGGAGACCGAGUCCCCGGAUUGCUUCUCCAAGUUCAGCCCCCCCCCCAGCCCCGGAGCCCCCAGUGCCACGGACAGCUCCACCGUGGGCUGCUUCAGCCCCAAGAGCAGCAAGCUGAAAGAGAUCCAGUUCGAUAUGAACAAGAGCAUGAAGGACGACAGCCUGCCGUCUGGAGUCGACUGGCUGUGCCACCCCAAGGCCAUGGUGGCCUACCUGUCUCUGCUGGGCACGUCCCAGAAGGACUCCACCCAGGAGGCCAGCAUCGGUGCCCUGCAGAACCUCACCGCUAAAAAGGGUCCGGCCUCCAAUGCAAUCAGCCAGGUCCUGGUCCAGAAGCUGGGAGCCAUGCCGACCGUCAGCCCGCUGCUGCGCUCCGACAACAAGACGCUGCAGAAGACCGCCAUGUGCCUCAUGGGCAACAUGUCCCGCUCCACCAGCAUCCAGUCCUCCAUAGCUAAGCAGGUGCUCCCCGACCUCGCCAGCCUCCUGUCCUCCGGUACGUCUGGGAUGGGAAACAAUGACGAUACCAUAGCCACCUCCUGCAACAACUUCCGGUCCCUGCUAACGGCUGACAACAACGUCAGCAAGAAGCUCCUGUCCUCCGAUUUGGUGACAUCGCUGGCUGACCUCAGCGAGAACACAUCCUUUCCCAAAGGAAGCAAGGCAGCCUCGCUGCUCCUCUACAGCCUGUGGAAUGAGAAGAGUCUGCAGGGGGCCCUGAAAAAGUUGAGCCUGGGCAAAUCCCUGUUCAUCAACGAUGUCACUGCAGCCGCCCGCAAGUCAGCGCAGGUCGUCGAAUAAGCCCACUCGCCCGCACAAGGAGAUACCAAAAUUUAGCUUGCAAGUUUAUACACCACCGUGGCCACACCCUUGCCGUGAGGGGAACCAGUCUUCAUAUUCCAGCUUUUGCUACACAGUUGUAUGAUUUUUGAAAGUACCUAACAAUUAUCUGCUUAGUCAUUGAUCUUUGAUUAAGAUCGCAUUCGUGCAUGACCAUCAAGUUGCCUGCAUGUUUUUCUUUUUGAUAUCAUCGCGAUGAUGUAUUUAACUUGGACCUAUUUUUAUUUGUGUAAAUAGGUGGUGAAUGUGUGUGGGAAGUUAUGCUUGUGUUUUGAGUCAGUGUUAAGAUUAUUCCCGGGGGCCAGAGUUGACCAUAGAAGCCGUCCUUGCAAUACAAGAGAAAAGGACCCAGGUUAGUCACGCUACAGAGGUGUAUUCAGCUCAGACUUGGUGGUGGGAGACCACGUGCGUCAUGGCUUUUUUUGCACAGAACUGCUUAUCUGACAGUUCGAUCACUACUUCAUGAGGGUCAACGGUGAAAGAAUAUAAACUUCACGAGUACACACCACGCCUUCGAUGGCACACCGUUCAGUUAGUUUAUCGAUCAGGAGUCUGUUGUGAGCGGGUGGCUGAGGGAUGGAGAACUGGAGAAGUUAGGUUCAGUGCUCUGGGGAUUUACAUCUCGUGGAGUUAUUAGAAUUCCGAAACCGGGAAGAAUGAGACAGUGGGGAGGAGGAGGGUCCGAUAGAGGUUAGAAAAAAUGCGGGUUUGAAUACAGGUGGUUGUUCGGUAGGGUUGGUAGAGUAACAGGCGUUGUCUUUCUCCCAAACAUAAGUUAGUGGAACUCCCAUUUGGGAGCAUUUCUCCUCCGAGGCAAACCGCCACCAGACUGUCCGGCCCCUCCCUUCCCUGAAUGCACAGCGGUCGUGUCUCGAGUGAACACGCUUGAACGCACCACAAACCCAGCUGUUACGGAGAUUCAUUCAAGGGAUUCCCAAUGGCACAUUUGAAGGCUACAUCUAUUAGGACGGUUUGAGGGGAAAACAGAUUAAAAUGUACUGUACAACUAACCGUUGUAUAGUUGUACUUUUGACUUAUUUGAUUCUACAUCCCUAAAAAAAGUAAGCAUUUCCUUUGGAUACAGGGCAAACUCUGAAACUGAACACUGCAUCAAGCAGAUGAAGCAUUUUCACUGUGCUUUUUUUUUGUUUUUUACUGUUGUACAGUGUUGCAAUAUUAUCCAAUGGUUCUCAAAUAUUUUGUUUUCAUGUUAACAGAACAUUGUUUGAUUUUAGAUUCAUCGAAUGCUUAGCUGUUCAAGUUGUAUGGAGAGGAAAUAUCAAAGACAUUAAUACUGAACCCUGUAUUUUAUGUGUGUCACGGUGGUUUGACGAGAAAACUCUAAGAACUACGAGUGUCAAGGAGAUGUUCAAAUAUUAGCUAAAUAAAAGCUACCAUGGACACACAGACAUACAAACCCCUUAUUUGUAUUUCACUCACUGAAAUCGUUAGUCCUGUGAUAUUUUUUUUUUAAGCAGAAGACACUGCGUCAGCUUUUGGUGUUCAUGUCAAACUGAAACCCAUUUUGUGGUUUCAAGCCAAUGUUUUGUUUAAUUGCUAAUAAAAUGGAGUCAUUAUUUGCAAUUAU